AUGUCGCUGUAUUCGUUCUCCACCCCCACGUUACAGAAACUGCGCAAGUUUCGCAUUUCGAGCGCGCGCAGCAACACACUGCAAGCACAGGUGUACAUGAUCGACCCGCAGUCGUACGAAGUGUUGUACGAGGAACCGGACGACAAGAUCGAGUCGAUCGACGCGCUGCUCGAGGAAUUGCCCGACAAUUCGCCUCGGUUCGUGGUGCUCAGCUAUUCGAAAACGCUGGACGACGGCCGACUGAGCAAUCCACUCGUGCUGGUGUACCACCGUCCGCUGACGGCAAAACAGGACGCCAAGAUGCUGUACGCGGGGUGUCUGGAGCAGUUCAAGGGCGAGGUGAGCGCGAACCGGUUUGUGGAGGUGGCUGAUGAGGAGGAUUGGGAGGAUCUGAGGGCCGAGGGAAAAGGAAUUUCUUCCUCCGCCAUUCCAUACUCGAGAAACGUUCCAUCCUGGUUCAAGCUUUCCUCCGAGGAUGUUGUUGAGCAGAUUAUCAAGUACGCCAGAAAGGGUCUGACUCCUUCUCAGAUUGGUGUUAUUCUGAGAGACGCCCACGGAGUCAACCAGGCCAAGGUGAUCACCGGUAACAAGAUUCUGAGAAUUCUCAAGUCCAACGGUCUUGCUCCAGAGAUCCCAGAGGACCUGUACUACCUGAUCAAGAAGGCUGUUUCCGUGAGAAAGCACUUGGAGAGAAACAGAAAGGACAAGGACUCCAAGUUCAGACUGAUUCUGAUCGAGUCCAGAAUCCACAGACUCGCCAGAUACUACAGAACUGUUGCUGUGCUGCCACCAACCUGGAAAUACGAGUCUGCCACUGCUUCUGCCCUGGUUAACUAG